AUGAUCAAGAAAAGGCCAUUCUUUUUGCAGGAAAAAGUGUUCAGAAGCUGAGACUUUGUUUCAAACCGUGUUCCAAUUCAAAUCUUGCUAUAUUAAAAGGAUUUUGCCAAGAAUUUGCAGAGAGGGGAAGGAUAAAUGGAUAGUGUGUCCACUUCUGAAGAGAGUUAUGGUCUGGGAUUUCAGGCCUCACCUUAUUCUGUAGAUGAAAGUGAUCAGUCCCCCACAAAAACAGCAGGGAGUGGGGAUUCUUUCGCGUUUUGCAGAACGAAUUCAGAGGCCUCGACGGAUGAGAAUUGCAGCUCCGAGAGAGGUUUGGGUUCUCCUGUGAGCUGUGCCCUCCUGAAAUCCCCGACUCGUCUUGCCCUUUCGAGGCUGGGAAUGAAACAUCACAAGAAUGUUGCAGAUGAUGAUGAUCCUGAGACAGUUGAUUUAGAGCUUGAAAUGAUGAAGGAGAAGUUUUCAAAGCUGUUGUUGGGAGAAGACAUGUCAGGAAGUGGGAAAGGGGUAUCCACAGCAGUGACAAUCUCAAACUCCAUAACAAAUCUUUAUGCUUCUGUUUUUGGUCAGCACCAGAAACUGGAACCUCUACAUCCUGACAAGAAAGCAAUGUGGAUAAGAGAAAUGAACUGCCUUUUAUCUGUCUGUGAUUACAUAGUAGAAUUUGUGGCCACAUCACAGAUUUUACAGAAUGGCAGCCCUGUUGAGGUGAUGACAAGUAGGCCAAGAUCUGAUAUCUAUAUGAAUCUUCCAGCAUUGAGAAAACUAGACAACAUGCUUCUGGAGAUUUUGGACAGUUUUGAGGCUACUGAGUUUUGGUAUACUGAAGAAGGAAGCACGUCAGGGAAAACACGAUCUGGAUCGUUUAGGAGGAUAAUUCAGCCACAGCCACAGCCUCAGAGGAAGGAGGAAAAAUGGUGGUUGCCAGUUGUUUGUGUUCCUUCUGGCGGGCUGUCUGAGAAAUCCAGGAAGAAUCUGAGGCACAAAUGCAACUGUGCUAACCAGAUUCACAAGGCAGCAAUGGCUAUUAACAAUUGCAUUCUGUCUGAAAUGGGAAUCCCAGAAUCAUACAUUGCCUCACUUCCAAAGAGCGGAAAAGCGAGCGUGGGAGAGUCCAUUUAUCGAUACAUGAAUGCAGCAGAGAAAUUUUCGCCCGAGUAUCUUCUUGACAGCCUCAACAUAAGCUCUGAACAUGAAGCACUUGAGCUUGCAGACAAGGUUGAGGCUUCCAUGUAUACAUGGAGGAAAAAGGCAUGCCUGGCUCAUUCAAAAUCCUCUUGGGACAUGGUUAAAGAUCUCAUGGACGAGACCGAUAGAACCGACAAAAACCAUGUUUUAGCAGAGAGAGCAGAGACACUGCUGUUUUCUUUGAAGCAAAGGUAUCCUGAACUUUCACAGACAACAUUGGACACUUGCAAGAUCCAAUGCAAUAAGGAUGUUGGGAAGGCAAUUCUGGAGAGCUAUUCAAGAGUGUUGGAGGGUUUGGCAUUCAACAUUGUUGCUUGGAUUGAAGAUGUGCUUUUUGUAGAUAAAACCAUGAAGAACCAACAGUAGUAGUAGUAGCCAGACAGACAGACAGACAUCAUUUGUAAUUUGCCAAUACUUUAUUAUUUUGAAUUGUUAACAUUAGAGAUUUUUUCCCUUGCAAAACCUUAGCUGUAUAUCUAUAAUCUAUGGUGGAGACUCAAAUUUCUGCACA